AGCGAAACUCCGAAUAAGCCCGCGAUCGGCCAAGCUUAUUUCGCAAUUCAUCAAAAGAUCCCACAUUCUAUAAGCAUGACUGCCGACGUUAUGGAGGAUGUGGUGGACCUUACUAGCGAGGAUAGUGAAAGAGAGGUUCGUGCGGAGGCGGUCAAAGCACGAGCCAAUGACUUCUAUAAAAAGGCGGAAUAUCGGGAAGCAGCGGACCUGUAUACAGAAGCCAUUGAUAUUCGACCAACAACUGGCAUGUACUACGCAAACCGAGCUGCGGCGCUGAUGAUGCUCCGCCGAUACAGUGAUGCAUUAAAGGAUUGCAAAAGGGCAAUCGAGUUGGAUAUUGAUAAUGUAAAGGCCUAUUUGAGGGCCUCAAAGUGUCAGUUACACCUCGGUCAAUUGGAAGACGCGGAUAGGAUGUUGCGACAGGUAAAGGUCCACAUCAAGGGCAAAUCACAUCUGCAGGAUAAUGCAGGAGCGGUAGAUCGAGAUCUGGCUAUAGUGGCCAAAAUAGGAUCGUUCAUGGCACAGGUGCACAAGCUGAUAGUCAGCAAACAACACAAGCAGGCGUUGACACAGCUGGAGAUGGCGAUGAUCACUUUAGAUCCAACUUUGAGAACCUCAUCUUCUUCAAGUUGCACCCGAUUAAGUGGGCUAGAUUUGGACACGAUGCCAAUGCGGUGGCGGCUACUCCGAGCUGAAUGUUUGAUUGAAUGUCGAGAUUUGGAAGGAGCUGCAAAGGUUACCACUGGUGUGCUAUCCGCGGACCCCACCAACGUGGAGGCAAUAACAAUUCGUGCCCGUGUGAUGUACUUGCAGGACACAAAGCCGGAAGCUAUCCCAAAGCUGUUAAUGCAGGCGCUAUCGUAUGACCCGGACAACAAGCGAGCCAAAGAGCUACUGAAAAAAGUCCGAAGACUGGACGGCAUGAAGAAUGAGGGUAAUGACGCCUUCAAAGCAGGGCGGUACCAGGAGGCUUUGGACGCCUAUGAACGCUGCCUGGAGGCGGAUGACGAACAAGGCGUCAUGAAGGUGAAAGUGCUUAGCAAUCGUGCAAUUGUUAGGAGCAGGUUAUCCCAGUACGAUUUGGCUGCCCGUGACUGCACGGUUGCGAUUGAGUUGUUAGAAAAACUGUCCUUUCCCGGCUCGGAAACAUCAGGAAUCUCACCUGGCGACCUCCGAAAUUCCUCAAAUUCAGCAUUAUUUAGCAAACUGUACCUUCGCCGUGCAGAUUGCUAUAUGAAGCUCGAAAAUUACGAGGAUGCGGUGCGUGAUUACACCAAUGCCGAGCAGCUGAAGCCGACAGACGGAGAUAUAGCGAGGGCUUUGAACACCGCUCGAAAUCUCCUACGACAGUCUAAGCGGAAGGAUUACUAUAAGAUCCUUGGGGUGGCCCGGAGUGCAAGUGAGGUAGAGGUGAAAAAGGCGUACAGGAAGUUGGCUCUCCAGUGCCACCCUGACAAGAGCGCUGGCCUAUCAGACGAGGAGAAAGCGAUCGCUGAGAGCAGGUUUAAGGAGAUCGGCGAGGCGUACACAGUUCUGUCGGAUCCACGUAAAAAGCACAUGUUUGAUUCGGGAAUGGACGUAGAUGGGGCCUCUGCGUCUGACGGAUAUUCGCCUUUUGGACACGGUGGGCCGCCCGACAUGGAUAUACUUUCGCAAUUGUUCGGUGGCGGCAUGGGUGGAAUGCCGCACGGGUUUGCUCAUGGAGGAUCACCCUUUGGUGGCGCUCAGUUCGGGGGAUCUCCUUUUGGAAUGGGCGGAAUGCCGGGUGGAAUGGGCCGCGGCGGUGGGCAGCGCAGAUCGGGACAUCAACAACAUUAUGCCUAUUUCUAAGUUCUAGUAUCUUGCCUGGUAAAGCACCUGUAGUCUAAUGUAUAGCUUGAGCCUAUUUUGAUGUCAACGAUGCAACCGUGACGGAUUCUUUCAUCAUAACAUGGAGGAGCUGAAGAUAGAGUUUGCAUCAUCCGCGCAGUCGCGAGAUGCGCAUGCAAUCAACGGAUCUGAUGUGAAUCGAUCAUUCGGUGUACUUUCCAGAAACACCAGCUCUGCAGUGCUCGUUCAAGGGCAGCGCGGGACCAGGGAGGCGUGAUGGACGAUAUCGGCAUUGCGCCAUGGUUGAUAUAUCUAUCCUUAAAAAUAUCGUCCAAAUAAUACUGAAGUAUCGUAGAAGCACAGCGAUUGAUUAUUCUAUCUACAC